AAUGCAGAUUACGCCUUUCCUAAUAGGGACAUGUCGAAUUGAGUCAGCGGAGUUCUACUUUUCGAGGACGAGAGAUCGUACUAAGUGUCAACAGUACGUAAAUACACACCUAUUACCGCUGUGGAUGGGGGGAAUUGUAGUUUACGGAUUUCAGUUAGCAGUGAAGCGAAACAGUAGACUGUCGUCUGUUCGGCGGAAGCUGGAUGGGAUAGUUUGCACUGUGGCCGAUAAUAACCCGUGUUGCUCGCCUUAUCUGCCUACCUCGAAUCUGGAGGUGUUGUGCCCUAUCGGUUUGUUGUCAUAAUUCGACGACUGGUGUCACGUCUGAUAUUGUCUCUGGCAAACACCACUUGUGUGAUUUCAUUUGGAUUUGUUAAUCAUCAACGAACUACACGAGCGCAAAUAUUGCCUCGUUUUAGCGCGGCUUUGUGGAACCCUGUGCUCUUGUUCGGACGGAUGGUAGAUCUACAACCAUGAGAGUUCAGCGACAUGUAUUCAACCCGCGCUAAAGUUUAAAAUCUUUCAAGAACCCAAGAUUUAUUUGUGUUUCAAGAUUGGAUUGUAGCUAGAUACAAUGGCAUUUAUCGCAGACGCGGGGAGAGUGGACGGAUCAUGGGAACUCACUAUCACCGUGACGGAUUUGCAAGUUGAGAAAACGCUCCGUGUAAAAGGAGAUCUGCACAUCGGAGGGUUGAUGCUAGAGCUCGUUGAGGCGCUAGACAUUGCCUUGGAUUGGUCUGAUCACUUACUAUGGUGGCCAGAGAAGAACAUGUGGUUGGAUCGCACACGGUCCACCCUGGACCAGUACAACGUGCAGGCCGAUGCACGUCUCCAUUUCACACCAAUGCACAAGAAUCUUCGAGUGCAGUUACCUGACUUGCAAGUUUUAGAACUUCGUGUUGACUUUUCAUCCCGAGUUUUCGCUGCCGUCAUCAGCUUGUGCAAGGAGCUAGGUAUCCGCCACCCAGAAGAAGUGUCUCUCAUGGUCCGUAUGGACAAGGAUGACCUCAAGCGCGUAGUCAAGGAGGCAGUCCGGAAAAAGAAACAUGGAGAAUCUAAUGUAUCUGGAACACUCAGUGCUAACGGAACUCUCCAGUCUUCAUCAGGAAGCCUGGAUGGGAAACUCAGCCCCUACCCCAGUCGGAGUCCCAUGGGACCAUCACCCUCGAAUACCCUGAUCCGCAGCCCCCACAGUAUGUCGUCGAUGUCCCCGUACAGUACGUUUAACGGAACUAUGUCCCCGGGGUCCAUGUACAGCCUCUCCUUUGAGGGUAUGAUGGAGUCGUCACUGGCCAACAGUCCCCCAGUCGCGGCCAAGGAGGCCUUCCAGUACUUGUACAGACCAAAGAACUUCACAGAAAAAGCGAGGAUUAACUGCGCAUGGCUGGACUCUUCCCGGUCACUGAUGGAGCAGGGCGUGAGGGAGAACGACUACAUCCUGUUCAAGUUCAAGUACUACUCCUUCUACGACCUCAGUCCUAAGUACGAUGCAAUCCGUAUCAACCAGGUGUAUGAGCAGGCCAAGUGGGCGCUGAUGGCCGAGGAGAUUGAGUGUACAGAGGAAGAAAUGAUGAUGUUUGCUGCUCUACAGUUCCAGAUUCAGCGGCAGUCGGGUCUGCCCCAGCCGGACAUCGAGACAAUGAACAAUGAGGAGGAUGACAUUGACGCUGCUCUCAAAGACCUCCAGGAAUCUCUGGAAGGAACCUCUGUGUCCAACGCCGGUGAUAUCACACAUAUACCAGAACUUGGAGACUAUGUCAAGUUCCUAAAGCCGAAGAGAAUAACGCUAAAAAGUUACAAGCGAUACUGGGCGACAUUCAAAGACACACAUAUUGUGUUCUACCGAAGCCAAGAAGAAAGCAACGGCCCUCCAGUCAUGAGGAUAAAUGUCAGAGGGUGUGAAAGUAACCCCGAUGUCAACCUUACCUCUAAGAAAUAUGGCAUCAAGUUGUUUGUACCAGAACAUGACGGAAUGCAGGAAGUCUGCCUCAGGUUUGAGUUGGAGGAGCAGUACUGUAGGUGGAUGGCGGCCUGCAAGUUGGCAUCGAAGGGCAAGACGAUGAUGGACAGCUCGUACGAGAGUGAGGUCCAGGCUCUGCAGACCUUCCUCAGCAUGCAGCAUCCUGCCACAGUCCCCACCAUCUCCGCCAACGAGAUCAACAUCCAGGCGGAAGACUUUGUAGCACCACGAUUCUACAAGAAAAUCAAAUCAAAAUCGCUGGUACAGAGGAUUAUGGAGGCACACACCAAUGUCCAAGGCAUGACUCUCAUCGAGGCCAAGCUGGCAUACAUCCGUGCAUGGCAGGCACUGCCAGAGUAUGGUAUCACCUACUUCCUCAUCAAGAUGUCAAACAGCAAAAAGGAGGAGUUGAUUGGUGUCGCUUCCAACAGGAUAAUCCGGAUGGAUCCCAACACCGGGGACUCCAUCAAGACAUGGCGCUACAACACGCUCCAGUCGUGGCACGUCAACUGGGAAAAUGAAAACGUCAUUCUCAACUCCGAAGAAGAGCGAGUCACAUUCUCGUCAAUAGGAACUCCAUGCAAAGUUAUCCACGAGUUCAUCGGAGGCUACAUAUUCCUGUCAAUGAGAUCGCAGGACAAGAACCAAACAUUGAAUCAGGAACUAUUCCACAAGUUGACAGGUGGCUGGUCUUGAGGCUGUCACAGCCAGUCAGAACUCUCCAUUCAAUAACAGUGCCUCUUUAUGGAAGUGGUUGCCAUGACAACAGAAAUCUGCCUGUUGCCAUAGCAACAAGUCCAUGUCGGCAUGGCAACCGCUCCAGGUUCACUGCUGUCAGUCAUAGUUGUUUUGUUUGUUGCUAGGCUGGUCCCAAGCAAGCUUAGGGCCUUGUCUUAGAUUAUAAGAUUAUUAUCUGUUAAGUGUAUCAUAGCUAAAUACUACGACUCUGUCCUGUGCCACAUUUAAACUUGAAUUGUUAAUAUCGACAGCCAUAAUGCUUCAUGCCAUAGUGGUGGUGUGAUGACGACUUUUAUCAAUAAAUAUGUUUUCCACACUGUGACCUUUCUCCAAGAGAAGAAGAAGGGAGUCUGUGAGUCAGGAUGUGUUUGACUGGGGUGGAUGGCCCCAGGGUUUCAACACUAAGUAGGAGAACGUGAACAGCUUUUCAACAUAGUGCUUGAUGAUGAUGGAACACUAGUUCUGCUGAAGACUGACACUGUAGUGCUUGUUCUGUAGAACACAUCGGACUGAGAAUUUGUGACAUUCGAUGGAAUUGCCAUUUCUAAUGUGUGUAGGUGCUUUGAGAAGCUGAGAAAUUACUUGGUGUGUGUAUUGAGGACAUCUCACUGCCUGAUCAUCAGGAAACAUCAGAGGACAUCUCUGAUGAUCCUUGUCACAAGGAAUCGUCAAAGGUUGAUAGGGACUCUUUGGAACUCGCUGAGCGAUCAGGAUAAAAUUGAUUAAUGGAGGUCUCAUCCAGCCCAUGUUCAGGCACACUGUAUGUUUUCAGUUUACAGAUUUUAGUAACUGGAACAAAGAAAACAGACACCAAGAGAUAAUAAAAAAAUACUUGAAAUAUAUUUUUGUUUGCCCAUCUGCUCCAAAACAGCUAAUCAUCAGAGGCUUAAAUUUAAAAAAAUAAUUAUUAUAUUUUUUUUAUCAACCCAACCCAACCCAAAGAUCUGUAAACAGUAAAACAUGUACGUGUGACCUGAGGUUCAUUCUCAUGGCCUUGAGAUUGUUAUGACAUCUUGUUAGGGACGUGAUAUGGUGUUUGGUUUGGUGUGGUUAUACACUAUCUGAUGCAGGGGAGAGCAUCCACGAAACGAGGACAGCCAUUUGAAGACGCAGCCUUUAUCUAUCACAUUACAAGGGGUGCUCGUUGGAUGUAUAUUUAGGCCAGUGACUGUCAUAUAUAACAGGAAACCAGUAUCAUCUAAAAUACCGCUUCCCUAUAACCAUCUAUCACAAUUCUCUCUUUUGGCUGUUGUUCUAUUUCAGUGUUUGUCAAAAUAAUUGUUAAUUACAUAUACUACCAGCAUAUUCCUGUGAUGGAAACUGAUUGAUAUGGCAUGUUCUAUAAUAAACUGACACUAUUAGACGUAUAUAUACUUCCUCAAUAUUAAGAAUGGAACACUGUGUAAAAGCGUUAUGUACAUAAUGUGCUUAAAAAUAUAUUUUAUUGUGGAAAUCGGACGUUGAAGUACAUCGCAAAAUAUCCUUGGUUUGAAGAUGCCAAGAUGUUGUUAAUGAUAAAUAUUGAUAAUUGAUAUGUCUAUCAAGGUAUUUAUUAGUGGUUUGAUUUAUUAACCAAUAUGUAUUAGUUGUCAUGACAACCCCAUGUGUUGAGGAAUUCAUCAGUCACUAUAAGGGGUGCAAUUACAUUGGUGCUGAGUGAUGAUGUUGAUGAUGAUGAUGAUGAUGUCGCUGGUCAUGUGAUUAUUAUACAUGCUGUCAUAACCGGUUUGUACAGUCAGUUGAAUGAAAUAUUUGUCGUAAUUAUUCAUUUGUUGGUUAUCCAGAUUCUAAGAGUAAUUAAUUUUCAUCUAAUGUAUUCUUAAUCGUCUAAGAAAUACUGUAAUUUUCAACUGUUAAAAAAGAUUGUAAUGGAAUGGCACCAUCAUUAAGUGCGGAUUACUCCACUGUGUUGAAGUUGAUAAAUACUCAAUGUUGAAAACUCAUUCAAAAGUGAAAUAAAAAUAGAUUGUCUCAUUGUCGCAUAAUAAUGGGCCGAACAUCUUUUUAUUGUCCAAUCAUAUUAACAAACUCACAGCAUGGCUGCUUGUAUUGUAUAAAACCAAAUCAUCUGACAUUUGCCGUAUUUCCUUCGAUCUCUUAACGAAGUUCCAAUGAAACAUACCUCAUGAUAUUAGCUAUGGGCUAUUCUAGACUAAUUAUGAUAAUGUGGAUGGUAGCAAUCACUAGGGCUGUACUUUGGCCUGUACCUACCUAUAUCAUACACAACCUUUAUAAUAUAAUAAAUAUAUCAACGCAAUAAACAUUGAUCAUUGUAUAUGAUUCAUUAUCACGUGGUUAUGCCAGUGUUUUCCUGCAGUGUUACAGCUAAAAUAUGCUGAUUCGGCAAUCUGUCACUGUCACAACACAACAUGGAUUCUGUUUCUAUAACAGGACCUUUUGUAAAUAUUUAUUAAUAUUUGCAACAUAAUAUGAAUUGCCUGUGACAAUUAUGCAGAUUACUACCCAACACCGAUGUUAACAGACUUAUAACCCGUGCCAUUUCUUUAUGCUUUCGUCAUCUAUGAGGAUUGCAGUUUUUAGCCUAUGUUUUAUUCAUCAUACCUAUCUGCAUUUAAGUGCCUUUUGUCUUUGUUGGGAUAUGCAUACUUCUGUUAUAAUUUCAAACUGUAUUCCAUCUACCUGUGUUCUGGAGAGACUGGUGAAAUGUUAUCACUAGGUCAUACUGACCUAUUAAAAUCACAAUGACAAACAAAAGGUCAAGGUCAUGUAAGAAUUAGGUGAAACAGAAGUUAUUCUACUCUUCAUUUUAAGUCAACUUGGAAUGGAACUUUUCUAGAAUUUGCAAUAAAUAUCAACUGAUCAAUUUAGGACAUAAAUAUUUAUCGAACAGACAACUAUGUAUUGAUAAUAAGCAUUGGGAAAUAGCAUGAAGUUAUUUAUUGAACAGAAAGUUGUUGAAAUCUGUCACAGAUCACCUUUCUGGUAGGCCUUCUGAUAUUUCAGUAACAGGUUACUACAGAGACGAAUGUUGCCAUGACCUUUGUGUUAUUUAUUUGCACCCUCCCCCGUCUGUGUCCAUGUUGCAUUUGAAGUGCUGAUGGAGAUAACGCUGUCAUUGUCUCUACCUUGAUCUGUCUGCCCAUCUGUCUGCAGGGGAACAUCUACAGAGGAUCAUGUAUAUUGUCUUCCUAUUAAACAAAAGUCAAAAGCUG